AUGGGCACCGCCUCGUACGACAAUGGUCGAUUCUGGUUGAUAAUUGAUACAAACCCAGUGAUGACCAAGGUUGGAGCAGCAAGUUUAGUGUUUGUUGACGCCUGCAACCUCUAUGUUAUCGUGAAGAUGCUGCGCUGGCGGAUGACUGUCGCUAGGUUUCAAGCGGCGAACUCUCGGCCGAGAGAUUUACAAGUGAAUCCGGUGACAGACUCGUGGAUGCGCACUGCUAGCGACCGAGUUAAGACUCAUUACCACGACUUAACAUCUUUUCGAGGAAGCAAACGGAAGUUCUGGAAUGUGUGCUUGAAAGUGUUCAAUUUGACUAUGCAGAUGACGGUGCUUCUGGAGCUGCUUGAAACGGGUAGCCCCGUGACUCUCGUGUACGGGUACACUGGGUUCAUCUCUGUCGGUUCCUUGGCUGGAGCAAUAAAGAUUCUGGUCGGCAGAUUCACUGCAAUGGGUGAAAUCAUCGCUGGCUCAAUCUUCGACCUAAUAGCAGCGAUCGUUUUUCCUGUGUUGGUGCUCGUGUACUGCUACUACAACUUCCAGUUUGAUGACGCGGUCUUCGCAACUUACGUGAAGGUGCUUCCUAUCGGCAGCUUUGAGCAGUCGGCGAGGAUUUUCGCCGAUCCGUCCGAAGUCGCGGUUUUCCGGUUGGCGUUUGACUCGCUACGAAUUCGAUCCAAGCUCGACCUCGUCCUCCGAGUUGGAAUUAAUCUUUCGUUUUGCUACCGACUCAUGCGCAUUGGAGACGUGCUCCUGAUACGGCCCGUGCCGAAAGUGCUCGCGGUUUUUUUCAUCGCGUUCAGUGUCGUCGUAUGGAUUUUCGCUAACCAAGCUGUGGCCGACUCGUAUACCCAGUGUUCUCGAUAUCCUCAGUGCGUAGUGUACUCGUACCGGUGGAGAUUCGUCGGGGAAGAGUGUCCGUGCCGAAUUCUGAUCGAUGUCGAUCGUUCCCCAAAGACGUACGAUGAAUGGAUUCACCCAAUCGAUGCCUACGAAAGUGUGCAAGCACUGGCGAAGGCUGGAGAGCUCAGGUCGCUUCAGAUAAUUAACCGACAACUAUUCACGUUGCCCGAUGAACUACUAUCUUGCCACUACCUGGCGUCAAUUGAGCUAUUCUAUACGGGCAUUCAGUGCAUUCCACCAUGGGCGAGUGAAUUCAAGUACCUCCAAACUCUUCAUCUAGAAGGGAAACCAGGCAGUCGGAACCUCGCGAUGCUACCCAAAGAUCUCUUCAGCGACAUGCCUUGGCUAUCGACAGUUCACAUCGGCCUUCAUCCAGACCUCGAGAAUAUCCCAGCACUCAGUGGUGUGCCCAAUCUCCAGAGUUUGACGCUCGCGUGGAUGCUCGUGCUGAAGAAGCUGCCGUCUUUUGAUCGCGUGCCCUUAUUGCAACGUUUGCUGUUGACCUUCUUGCCGCGUCUGGAGAAGAUGCCGGACAUGGCGCCACUGCGAUUCGUCUCGGACUUUUCGCUGACCCGCCCAGUCCAGCUCUGCUGCAACGGCUUCCUCGGAACGUGCAACCUGAACGACGAUUACUGCGUGUACAACCCCGAGGCCGGAAUCCCAGCAGCAUCCUGCCUAGACGAGAAGCCUUUUCUGGACAACGUCGGUACUCGCGAAGUGUUCAAGAAGUUCGAGGCGGCUGUCUGCCCGAGGCUUCCCUCGGACAUGUUUCUCGCUAAGAGCUCACCUACGAGGCGAACGAUUGAAAUGUGCGAGAGCAGACCGUUCGGCCGGUGUGAGCUUCCUGGUGGGCAAGUUGGUAUCUGCUACAACACGCGCAUGCAGGUGCUUUCGUGUUAUGGUGACGACAUCUACAUUAUGCUGCGGAAGUACCAGAUACAACUCGGUGUCGGGCAGAAAUGUGACCCCGCCAUUGAAAAGUGGUUGGGGUGCGAACAAUAA